AGCUAAGUAAGUUACACUUAUUGUUACUUUCUUUUUUCUUCCCCAAUGACCAAAGGCUGACCAGGAACCCCUUCAGAGAAGAAUUUCCAAGGGGUAGCACGGAGAGAGUGUGUGAGAGGAGGCCGAUCAUAGCAAACAGAAAUGAUUUUGUCAUCAUUCUAGCAUCUUUAAAAUCCUCGAGCGCUGCAGCAUCCCGCCAAUUACUUGCUUUAUUUCCCUUCGCAUACGAAUCUACGAAUUGAAUCCAGGAAUCUUGUUCCGAAAGAGGAGAAGAAGCGAGAGAUCGGACGAAUAACUUCCAAUGGUAGUUCUUUGUUAAUUUCUACGCCUUCUUACUCCAUGAACGUACGCGACCCUUUUGGUAUCCAUCGAAAGAGUGCUCUAUCCAUCCUCAAAACUACCGCAUCCCGUGCUGCUGUCGAUUUUACCGAGCGCGCCGUCGAGGCCAGUAUCCAUGCUAUUGAGAAAAGCAAACAAGCUGUUGACGACCUUGACAUGUCAUUUUCCGUCCCCAAAAAUGUUCCCUCGUUCGGAAAUCCCCAGAGGGUAAUGGAGGACCGUGUCUGGGGCAACACAGCCGUCACCGCGCGAGGUGGGAAGGCUUCGUCACACACAAACAAAAACUCGAGAAUACUUGGAGAGGUCCAGGAUCGUGUUGGGAGCCUGUUCGACGACCGUAAUACUCUCCCCAUGUAUAAGGACAAGCCGUACGCUUAUCCGCCGUCUCAACGAGCCAGGCCCAUCUGGCGGAGAAAGCGAGUUCUCGGUUCUGUCCUUUUAUUGCUUUCGCUACUAUACUAUUUCGGCGCAUUCGGCCACCACCACGACACCGGUGUCUCUUCAACCCCUAUAUGGUCCUGGCUCAGCUCUGGCACCGAACCAGGAAAGGUGGCCGACUGGUCCAAGAGGAGGGAGCGUGUUGUAGAAGCCUUCACUUUGAGCUGGGACGCCUAUGAACGAUACGCUUGGGGCUACGACGCGUUCCAUCCAAUAUCUAAGAAAGGUGAGCAGAUGGCCCCGCAAGGAAUGGGCUGGAUUAUCGUGGAUGCGUUAGAUACUAUGAUUUUGAUGAAUCUUACUUCCCGAGUUUCUCAUGCGAGGAAGUGGAUUUCGACCUUAUCCUAUGAUCAAGACCAGGAUGUUAGCACUUUCGAAACGACAAUACGUAUGCUGGGCGGUCUCCUCUCAGCUCAUUAUCUCUCUAAUGAGUUUCCUGAGCUGGCGCCGCUGGCUGAGGACGACCCAGGUGCGCCCGGGGAGGAUCUCUAUCUCGAGAAAGCCAAAGAUCUGGCCGAUCGACUUGUAACCGCUUUUGAUUCGCCGUCCGGUGUUCCUUACGCAAGCGUGAAUAUUGGCAAGUACGAAGGCAUACCAGCCCACGACGAGGGUGGCGCGUCAUCUACUGCCGAGACAACUACGUUGCAGCUCGAGUUUAAAUACCUUGCCAAGUUGACCGGCGAAAAGUAUUUCUGGGAUAAAGCCGAGAAGGUGAUGGAAGUCGUCGACAAUAAUGGGGUUGAAGAUGGCCUGGUGCCAAUCUACAUUUAUGCCAGUGACGGUACUUUUAGAGGCCACAACAUCCGACUGGGAAGCCGUGGAGACUCUUAUUAUGAGUAUCUCAUCAAGCAGUACUUGCAAACAAACAAGCAGGAGCCAGUCUACCUAGAGUUGUGGGACGAGUCUCUGCGUGGAGUCCGCAAGCAUCUCGUUACCUAUACCGAGCCCUCUGGAUUCACGAUAAUCGGUGAACGACCUGAUGGUUUGAAGGGUUCUUUGUCGCCUAAGAUGGAUCACCUGGUUUGUUUCAUGCCAGGUACUAUUGCUCUUGCUGUGACGGGUGGCUUGACGGAGGCAGAAGCCAAGAAGCAGUCAACGUGGACGAAAAAGAAUGAGGCCGACAUGCAACUAGCAAGGGAACUGAUGCAAACGUGCUGGGGCAUGUAUAAGUGGAUGGCUACUGGUCUCGCCGCCGAGAUCACGUAUUUUAACAUCGCUAACCCCCCUCUUCCCGAAUCCGCUCCUCACAGCCCGCCGACUGAAUUUGACGAGAAUCCUGCGGCGGAAUGGCGAAAAGAUUUCACGGUCCACUCGAUGGACACUCACAAUUUACAGCGGCCGGAGACCGUAGAGAGCCUUUUCUAUAUGUGGAGGAUUACUGGUGAUAUAAAGUACCGAGAAUGGGGCUGGGAAAUGUUUAAAUCGUUCAUGAACCACACCGCUGUGCAAGAUGGUGGUGGGUUCUCGAGCCUCUCAAAUGCGAACAAGGUUCCACCUGUGAUGCGAGAUAACAUGGAGAGCUUUUGGCUAGCGGAAACAUUGAAAUAUUUCUAUCUCUUAUUCUCCCCUGACGAUCUUCUUCCGCUGGAUAAAAUCGUUAUUAAUACCGAGGCGCACCCGUUUCCGCGGUUUGAUAUGGGUCAGCUUUUCUCGACCGGGUGGAAGAGAAAGCCGAGGGAUUCGGAUGGAAAAAUAAUUAAGUGAGUUGCAGGAUAUUGAAGCAUGCGAAUUGCAUCAAAAGCUUUACCUACUACCUACUACCUACCUGUUUCUAGGAGCAUUGUUGGCGUAUUGUUACUCUUUGGGGGAAAAGGGAUUUGUUUUUAUUUCGUUUUGUCAUGCUCGCCUUUUUUUCUGUUUUGCCACGUGGUAUAUACGGCACAAUAGAAUUAUGUAUAAACUUUGUCCACUACAUCCGUACGGCCUUAUCGGAUACAGUCAUGGCGUUUUGAUAGCGUGGUGAUGGUCUUCGGAAUAGUAUGUAGAUGUCUGAGUUUAGAAGACGCAUUCACCAAGGUAAGUAGGAGUACCUACAUACCACACCUGUAAGUUAGUAGAUCUACAUGCAUAAGCCACAGAUUCGAUCUAAUUUAUGUACGUAGGUAGGUAUCUACGUAGCACACGUGUAGUAAAAGC